GUAAUGGUCCGGAUAAUGUUGAUCGUGAUUUUAUGGAUGUAAUGAUCUCAAUACUUAAAGACACAGAUAUAGAUGGUUAUGAUGCUGACACCAUUAACAAGUCUACCUGCUCGGUUUUGAAUGUUGCGGGAGUAGAGACAACCGCCACCAUGCUUAUAUGGACUCUUUGUUUACUCAUGAACCACCGCCAUGUGUUGAUAAAGGUUGAGGAAGAGUUGGACAUCCAUGUGGGCAAAGAAAGGAACGUGGAGGAGUCGGAUAUUCCCAAAUUGGUAUACCUCCAAGCUGUUUUCAAAGAAUCGCUAAGACUAUAUCCACCGGGUCCACUAGGAGCCCCAAGAGAGGUCAUACGAGAUUGUGUCGUGAAUGGCUAUCACGUGGCGGCAGGGACAAGGCUUUUUUUACACCUUUGGAAACUCCAACGGGAUCCUAAGAUAUGGUCGGAGCCAUUAGAGUUUCGGCCAGAGAGAUUCAUGAUCGACUACACAAUAUAGCAACAUAGAUGUUCGUGGUCGGAAUUUUGAGCUUAUUCCUUUUGGUGCUGGUAGGAGAGUGUGUCCUGGAAUAAACCUUGGAAUGCAAAUGGGGCACUUGGUCUUAGCUAGCUUGCUUCAUUCUUUUCAGAUCUCAAAUAUCAACAAUGAAUUAGUAGAUAUGACUGAGACUGAAGGAUUGACGAUAUCCAAAGCUACUCCUCUU